AUGUCUACUACUCAAUCAUCUCCAAUUAACAAGCGUCGUUCCAUUGAGGAAUUGAAAAUGAAAUACGAAGCCUCAUCAGUUUUUGAAACAUAUAAGAUGGCAACUAAACCAAAAUCACCUAAGAAGUUGAAGAAAUCUAAGGUUAAGCAAAUGGCUUCUAUGUUCAACUCCAUGAUAUCGCAAAUUAUGAACCGUGAUACGGAAUUGGGAAAGUAUGCUGCUUUGAUUAAUGAAUUUUCGCCAGAACCUAAAGCCACCUUUGUAAAACCAGUAGCAAUGCCUAGAACACGUUUCACCAAGCCAAAAGCACCACAAGUUCCCAGUCCCAGAGCUAAAACAUUGGCCAAAUUUGAAACUGAACCUUCUUCCUGCUUUGUAGCUGAAGAUGUUUUUGACAAACUUUCUGUUAAAGACAAGGCUAAAUUAUACAGCCAAUUUGUGGGGGAAAUGUCCAAAAAGAAUCCUCAAUUUGGGAAACAUGCUGGACUUAAAGAAGCCAACGCCGACAAAAAUAUAGCUCGUGCAGAAGUUAGUGCUGAAAAACAAGCCACAGUUAAAAAUUUACUUAAGUUCAAUACAGUUUCUACUAAACCAAUCAACACUGGCGAUAAGACCCUGCAACGAAUGGAUUCGAUGAAGAAAGCCGUAGAUGCUAGCAAAAACUUAAAAGUCCCUGCAUUGACAUCCAUAAAAGCCAAGGAAUUUGAAGAUAUAUUGGACAGGAAGAAAACUGGAACUCAAGACAAAUCUAAAUCUUUAACAUGCAUUCAAGUCAUAACAGAAGCACACGAUCAAAAUCAGACAACAUACACAAUCUUCCAAAAGCAACAAAUAGAACAUUUGUUCUUCUCUUGGUUUAAGGAGAAACACGAAGACAUAUCUAAUCAAUCUGAGAUUGAUGAAGAAAAACAGAAUUCAGCCAUUGAUAGACUAUUGGAAGAAGCUAUAGCUAAAUUGGAAACUAUCGAAGCCGAACAAAAUGCCGAAGCACCUAAACCCAUGCCACGCAAAAAGAAGUCCUCCAGGUCUAAUACUACAUCAUCUUCGGCUAAAACCUCAGCAGCCGAAGAAAGUGAAUCUGGAUUGUCUUCACUACCCAAAAAUACCAGUGAAGAAUCUCAAACAGAAAGCCAGCAGAAUAAAGCUGAGAAUUCCGAAAAAGAAUUCGAGUUUGCCAAACCUUUAAAGCCUAUACGCAAGAAGAAAUUACGUAGAAAUUCCAUCUGGAAGAAAGAUGUUUUACAACAGGAAGCCAACCAAUUGACCUCUACUGAUUCUGAAUCAGACACAAAACAAGUUGAAACUAAACUCAAAAACAAAACAUUAUUUAUGCAACCUACAUCACAAGAAGAGAUCUCUGCAGACCAAACACUACCUGAACUAGAGGCCAGCUUGUCCGAAUUACAUGAAUCUCUAAUGAGAGUAGUCAACUCGCCACGCAAAAUCAAAUCUGCAUAUACCCUGACUGCUUUGGAAACUCCUGUAUGUACGCCUCGUACAUCGCUGAGCUUUGCUAAACUUCCGCAACUACACAAGAGUGGUACCAAUGUGGCUCUGUUCACCGAUAGCUUAACAGAUCAGGGCUUCGAAACCGCUACCAAUGACGCUGACAGUCCACUCAAAAGAACUCUCGUCCCAGCUGCAGCAGAAACAACAAACACGUCUCUUUCUACCACUUUGAAUUCCAGCAAACCCAAUUUUGGUUUUUCAACACCCAUCAAAACUCAAGACCAUCAUUCAUUUAAUGCCACAGGUUCAGCUAAACAACAACUAUUUAGUCCCAUCUCCAAGCCCAUGAAAACUCGUCGCAAAUCUGUUUAUGAUGUUGAGUCAAGACGCAGCUCUUUGGCCAUGCAGGUUAUCAGGGAAGAUCAACCCUUGGAGCCUCAAGAAACCUACGGCAGCAUUCUCUACAGCCAAACAGAACAAAAGUUUUUUGCAAAUGCUCCCACCAUAGAAAUGAGCAAUGAAACAACUAAAAUUCCGGCAGAAAAAUCUUCAACAUUUUGGAUUAAAUGUGGAGACUUUUCAGUUGCUUUAGAGAUCAACUAUAAUGAAGCCGAAAGACUUCGCCUGCUGUAUGAAAUCUUCAGUCAAACUAGUUGUGAUACCAAGGAUUUGCAUUUCGGCAUAGAUAAUCAUACAUUUUCCGUACAUGGCCCCGUGGAUAUUGACAAUAUUUCAACACGCAUACCAGUUUCUAAGGAUUGUUCACACUAUUGGUUCUCUACCGGAGACUUGGCCAUACCAUUCAGUGGCAAAUACUUGACCUCUCACAAAAUACAUCGACUCUUCCGUGUCAUCAAGGAAACCGUUGAAGAAACUGGCAUCUUGCGUUUUGGUGUCGAUGAUGUAGAGUUUUCUAAUGUUCCUGAAUUUUGGUAUCAGCCUGCUAAAUUUUCUGUGGAAAGCCAAUAUAGCAUGUUGGUGGGUUUACAAUCUGGCGAUAGCAAUGGCUUGGAAGGACGCAGUAAAUAUGCUUGGCCUCAUAGCAAACCAGUAAUGAUUAGUGAUUUGGAUCAAUCCGACAACUUUGUGGAAAUUGAAAGUGAACGUUUAUCAUUCUCACCAUUUGGCAGCAAUCAUUAUGAUUUAGCAUCCCUGGACAACGAAGAACUUUCCAUGCCACGCAACAGUCAGGCCAUGAUGAGUCUAGAUUCCUAUUGUGAUGAAUAUGAAAGUGAACCUCUGGAUCAACUUUUCGAUGACAGCUGUAGCCAAGAAUUGGAACCAUCACAAAAUCUAUCUAUUCCUGAGAUGCUGCAUACCGUUCAAAAUGAACAACAGCAUUUGAGCAUGGUUCAAGAACAACUGGUUAAUUAUGUUAAACCCUCCUACAUUGCCAAGGACUCUCUCGAUGUCCUCAAAGGUACUCCCGAAUAUAUGGAAAAACUUAAAAGCAUUGUCUCUGACAUCAGCAACAUUGGUUGCAGUAACAACUUCAAUGCUUGCUCUGUAGAAGAAUUGGAAAGUUAUAUGCAUUUCUUGAGUCGUUAUGCUGAAAUCUGCUUGAGCAGUUGCUCCAAACAUAUGGACACUAUUUUGGAGGCUUUGGUCGACUACAAAGCGGUGGUAGUUUAA